GACUAAUCAACUAAGUACCUAGGUACCUAGGUAGUGCUUACCGGGCCCUAGAAGUAGAUGGUCAUGGAAGGGUUGGCUUUCCUGCCCUUCCUUGAAGGAUGAAUCUCCAAGACCACAUGUAUUGCGGAAGCCGACUCAUAGUACCGGUGGUUGACACAACAGUCAGUGACGAUGACUAUCCGACUGUUUGACCGAGUGACUGAUAGUCGGUAAUUUGAGCCAUCGGUGGGUGAUGCUAGGUCCUUUGGUGUUGUCACAGGAAGUCAUUAUUCAUUUCAUCAGGGGGAAGGAGAAGAAGGAGUACGCCGAACACCGACCGACAUGGCCCAAGCGUUCCGCUGCGGUUAGACGAUGGACAGCGGUGCGCACUCCCUCCCGCCGCAGCGCCAGGGAGACCAACGGUUGAGCGACAACACGGUCCAGGAUAAAACCAAAAAAAAAAACACGGAAUACGACCUUUGGAUUGUGGGACAAGAAGCAAGGCGACGGAAACAAAUAUGACUACACGAUACAGAGUCGAAUAUGCCCUCAAGACGCACAGGAGAGACCAAUUAAUAGAAUGGAUCAAAGGGCUUCUGGCUGUGCCGUUCGUGCUGCACUCACAGCCACAGGGCGUGUUCCUCGGCAGGGACCACACGCCCAGUCUGGGCCAGAUGGCUGAAGAGUCGGCGCGGAGAUACGCUGAAAUCAUGAGGGACAUAGAAGUUUUAAUUGACGAACACAUCAGCCUGCAGAACGAGGACUCGCCCCUGCCGUCCAAGCUCAAGCUGCUGGUGCCGACGGUGGGAACCUUCUUCACCCGCCUCCCGCUCGAGGCCGCCUUCAAGUCGCAGGACCGCAAGCGCUACAUCUCGAGCCGCCGGUUUGUGUCGCCGUCGUUCAACGAUGUACGGCUCAUCCUCAACUCGGCCCAGAUCAUGGCCGUCACCACCUACAGCUCCCUGCACCUCGCCACCUUUGACGGCGACGUCACCCUCUACGACGACGGCCAGUCGCUCGAGCCCUCGAGCCCCAUCGUCCCCCGCCUGCUGGACCUGCUGCGCAGCAACGUCCGCGUUGGCAUCGUCACCGCCGCCGGCUACACCACCGCCGACCGCUACUACGCCCGCCUCCACGGGCUCCUCGACGCCAUGGCCGCCUCCCCGUCCCUCUCGCCCCAUCAGAAGGCCAACCUGCUGGUCAUGGGCGGCGAGGCAAACUACCUGUUCGCCUUUGACGACACCGCCGGCCCCCACCUGCUGCGCCCCGUGCCCCGUCACGAGUGGCUGACCCCGGAGAUGGCCGCCUGGUCCGGCGCCGACAUCGCCGCCUUGCUCGACGACGCCGAGGCGGCCCUCCGCGAGUGCGUCAAGUCCAUGAACCUGCCCGCCGUGCUCAUGCGCAAGGACAGGGCCGUCGGCAUCAUCCCGGACCCCCCCGGCGCCCGCAUACCCCGCGAGUCCCUCGAGGAGACUGUCCUCGUCACCCAGAAGAUCCUCGAGCUCAGCUCCGCCGGCCGCGCGAAGAGGGUGCCCUUCUGCGCGUUCAACGGCGGGCGCGACGUCUUUGUAGACAUUGGUGACAAGUCAUGGGGCGUUACCGUGUGCCAGAAGUACUUUGAGAAGCAGUCACAGGCCAGCGGCGGCACCAGCAGCAAGCUUCUAUUCGGGCCCGAGAACACCCUUCAUGUUGGCGACCAGUUCCUGAGCGCCGGCGCAAACGACUUCCGCGCCCGCAGCGUCGGCACCACGGCUUGGAUCGCGAGCCCAGAGGAGACGGUUGAGCUCCUAGACGAGCUUGGGGAUCUGAUGUACAAGAAGCUGACCUGAGUGUGCAUGCUUGCGCCCC